AUGCGAAUCAUUACUGCUUUGGUCGGCACGGUUCUUGUUGCCUGCGCAACAGGUGCCUCGCCUCCCGUCAACCGUCAUGAAGCACCCAAGCUGCCAGCAUUUGUCCUUGAAUAUGCUCCAAUUGUCGCACUCGAUGAAGGCGAAGUCCUAUUCCCCGCCGACAUUGGCAAGCAGUUACUCAACACGAUUCCUAAAGUCAACUUCACUAAAGUUAAGGGAGAACCACACUCACUGACACUUAACAACUUGAACGAACUCAACAAGCUUGGAAAUACUUCAGUCUUUCUCACCGCCAAAGACGAUAUUACAGAUAUCGCACGGGAGCCGUCCUGGGUACACGGAGUCAAACCGAAUAGCCGAGGCGAAACAGUAGGCGCCGUCUCUUGUGCCAUCGUUCUUCGCACGCAUCCAGACAACUCCACUAUCCUGGAUGCUUUUUACUUCUACUUUUACGCUUUUAACAAUGGCGGGCACGUUGCCGGUAUUCCUGAAGACUUCCACAUUGGUGACUGGGAGCAUUCCAUGGUCAGAUUCCAGAAUGGUGUCCCGACUGAGAUAUUCUUGUCCCAGCACAGCGAUAGCGGGGAAGCUUUCUCAUAUGGAGCGCUGCAGAAGAUUGGGAAGAGAGCGCUCAUAUUUGCGGCGUUCGGCGGCCACGCGAACUAUGCUACCAAGGGAUCUCAUAAUAUCCCUGUUCUUGAGCAUUUAAAUCUAUCCGCAAUUCUAGAGGCCGUGAUUCCAGCCAAUUUCCUGCAGGACAAAACCUCAAUGGGUACAUUAUGGGAUCCAGUGGCUAAUGCCUUCGCCUACAACUACACCUUUGACUUCAAUCCCCACCGUUCUGCGGAAGAAAACAACAACUGGCUGACUUACUUUGGGCAGUGGGGAGACGAGCAAUAUCCGUUAACAGAUGUUCGACAAUUUGCGAUCCUCAACAUUCCUGCAUUGGCGUACAUCAUGGGCGGGCCUAAUGGACCUGUUUUCAAACAUAUUAGUCUCUCUUCGGUCUGUGCCAGCCCCGAAUGCGACCAAACCGUUAUAUGGAUAGGCGAGCCGCCAGAAGACAUGUUACCUACUUGGGAAAUGCAUUGGACCGGAGAUGAGCGUGACGAUGAGUCAAUAGACUGGUUCUGGAAAGAGUUUUAUGCCGACUCCGAUCGCUCGAAAAUGGAUGAGAAUAAUGCGACUUCAAUCGACCAGAUUUUUCAUGCAUUCGCCAAUCUUAGGCUAUUGUCUAGUGGUCAUCUCUCGGACCAACCGCUCUUCAUGGACAUGACAGGAGAGGAGUUUUCCUAUUAUAUGACAUAUUCGGACUAUUGCCGUCUGGUAACUGAUGCUCUUGCACCUUUCUAUGACAGUCCUUGGUGGACUAGAAUUUGGACUGUUCAAGAGGUUAUCCUUCCUCCCAAGGCCAAAUUCGUCUUUGGACCUAUAUCAGUCGAUAUGUCCUGCUUACUCGAGGCAUUUGCUGCCCUUGCUUGCCAUAUGUUCGAGCCUUGUUGUUCCGAAUUGUUUUCUCGCUGCGACUUCAGAGUCAGGAAAUGUUUCCGACAGCUGGGGAGUGUUCUUACCAAUAUCAAGAAUAUGAGAGCUAGCCAUGGCGAUGGAACUAACGUUGAACUUUGGGAGACCUUAACCACGUUCCGCGCCCGACAUGCAACAGAUAAUCGGGAUAAAGUCCACGGUGUCUUAGGUCUUGUCAACACAUGGUCGGGACAACCCAUUAUCCCUAAUUACAGAACCGCAACCGAAACCAUCUAUUGUCAGGCAGCCAUUUCUACUGCCAUUGGGACCCAAUCUCUCUUUCCCCUACAUUUCCCACUUCAAAAGCAUGCCUGUCCCACUCUUCCUUCAUGGAUGUAUCGUUCCGGGUGUUCUUAUUUUGAAGCCUUCUGGAAAUGCCUCUGCUGGGACAUGAUACUCCAUAUGUCAGAAACUGCAGGAAUAGCGAUCUCUGCAAGAUCUAAAAGCAUAGAGAGCUAUGAAGCUUUCGCAAACCGAGAGGCUGUGCUACAGCUCGACAAGAGAUUUCAAACGACAGAGGAUACGAAAUGGGGUCAGUACUCACAGUCUGAUUAUCUGGUCGAACAGUGGAUCAAUGGCUUGACUCUAAAUACGACCUUUUUUGUGACGGAUUCUGGGUAUUUGGGCCUCGGCCCCCCUGAGACUAAAAUAGGAGAUGAGGUUUGGUGCCUAUUUGGCGGCCAAAUGCCCUUCAUUCUCAGACCAGUGGCAACAACACAGGAAGUAAUCUUGGGGCAAGGAAAAAAGCAACUUCACCAAGUUUUUGGAACUUGCUAUGUGCAUGGGAUUAUGGAUGGCGAAAUCGCAAACAAUGAGAGUAUCCCAGCUGAGAUAUUAUAUUUGUCCUGA